AUGUCAGACAUGGAAGAGGUCUUGGACAGGCAAGAGCGAGAAAUAAGAGAAAGAAGGCGUAGACGAGUUGCAAGCAAAAGAGCGCAGAGAGAUCUAGAUCAGCAACUUUUCAUGGCUGUGGCCAUGCUUGAUGAAGAAAACCAGAGCAGUCGUGGUUCACAUGAAGGCCGUGGCCCAAAUGUUGACAGACAUAGGCAUUCUCGGGGUAAGAAUCUUAUGGAAGAUUAUUUAUCCCAACAUCUCUGUACUCUGAUGUUCAUUUUCGAGGGAGCUGUUAUACGAAUGUUGGCGUAUGGUGCAUCUGCUGAUCAGGUGGAUGAGAUUACCCGGAUGGGGAAGUCCACUGCCUUGGAGAGUUUGGUUAGAUUUUGUGAUGCAGUCGAAACUCUGUACACCAGGGACUACCUGCGCCGACCCACGCCCAGGGACCUGCAACGACUUCUGCAGAAAGCCGAACGGAGAGGGUUUCCAGGAAUGAUUGGUAGCAUCGACUGCAUGCACUGGCAAUGGAAGAAUUGCCCAACUGCUUGGCAGGGUGAUUACGGAAAUCGGAAAGGCCAAAAAAGCAUCAUCCUUGAAGCCGUUGCAGGUUUCGAUACAUGGGUCUGGCACGCCUUUUUCGGAGUUGCUGGAUCUCAAAAUGACUUGAACGUCCUGGGUCAAUCCCCGGUGUUCAAUGAAGUUUUGAGAGGAGAAGCCCCAAAAAUCACAUAUGAAGUCAAUAAUACAGUCUACCAAAAUGGGUAUUAUCUAGCUGACGGGAUCUACCCGAGGUGGACAACGUUCGUGAAAUCACUUCCGCAUCCCCGAACCCAGAAGCAAAAAUUAUUUGCUACAUAUCAAGAAGGUUACAGAAAGGAUGUGGAGAGGUGUUUUGGUAUCCUCCAAGCUCGGUGGGCGAUCAUUAGGGGUGCGGCACGUAUGUUUGAUGAGGAGGUGUUGAGGAGCAUCAUGAUGACAUGCAUCAUCCUUCAUAACAUGAUUGUGGAGGAUGAGUAUGAUUACGAAGCUGAAGAGGUGUACGAACCCGAUCCCAUGAACACGGCCUUGACCCAAAUUUAUGAAAAACCAAUAGGGCCAAAUGGAGCACCAGUGGAGCAUGAACCGUUGGUUAGAGAUGGUCUUUUCAUGAACCGUAUGAUUGAUCGAUAUACGGAGAUGCAAUCUUCAUAUAUUCAUGAACGCCGUCAAGUUGACUUAAUGGAGCAUUUAUGGACAGUGAAAGGCAAUGAUGGUGAAUGA